UGUGGGUCUUUCACAUGUUCACAUAUCUCGGUGGAGGUUUCUUAACAUAGUUUCGGAUUUUAUAAGACCAACAAUCUGUCUGAAAAGAAGCGGACCUUUUCACUGAACUGAAAGUAGAAAAUAAAACGUACUCAAAAUGAUGACCACCAGAGAACGAUGGCGAGUGUACAAGCGGGUCAGCGUCAUGUUCUUCUUGGCACUAGUGACUCUUGCUGUCGUCCAGAGAGGAAACUUCAGCUUACUACAGGACUUGCAGACGGAGAGAAUCGAAAGACAGGUGCGUACGGAGCUCAUGGGUGAAGUCGACUCGCAAAAUAGGGCAUAUCCUCCCAUUGCUGAAAACUUCUGGAAGAAGCACAUUGAAACAGUUACAGAACAUCCUAAAAUAACAGAAGACCAAAUGCCCAUGACCUGGGAUAUCAGCAGCUCCAACUGCACCGCCAACUUGAACUUCUCAUCUACAGAUUGGUUCGAGGGGCUUGAAUCCAAUUUUAAGCAAUUUCUGCUCUAUAGGCACUGCAGAUUCUUUCCAAUCCUAAUAAAUCAUCCGGAGAAAUGUUCCGGGGAUGUCGACUUGUUGAUGGUCAUCAAGUCUGUAAUAACCCAAUAUGAUCGGAGAGAGGUGAUCAGGCAAACUUGGGGCAAAGAGCAGGUGAUCGAUGGAAAAAGAAUCAAGACGCUUUUCCUUCUUGGGACGUCUUCAAAUGAAGAAGAGAGGGCCAACCAUCAAAAACUUCUGGAAUAUGAGGAUUACAUAUAUGGGGAUAUACUUCAAUGGGACUUUAUGGAUAGUUUCUUCAACCUCACCCUAAAAGAGACUCAUUUUUUGAAAUGGUUCUCCACCUACUGCGGAAACGUCCGCUACAUCUUUAAAGGAGAUGAUGAUGUGUUUGUCAGCGUUCCCAACAUCUUGGAGUACCUGGAGGCAAGCAAAAACUUGAAAUACCUGUUUGUCGGUGAUGUUAUUCAUAAUGCCCGACCCAUUCGCAGAAAAGAGAACAAGUACUACAUCCCCCAAGCCUUGUAUAAUGAGACCCUCUACCCGCCGUAUGCCGGUGGAGGUGGUUUUCUGAUGGAUGGCCCAGUUGCACGUAAACUCUAUGGUGCAUGUGAAACGCUGGAGCUUUAUCCCAUCGAUGAUGUGUUUCUGGGGAUGUGUUUAGAAGUGCUUCAAGUAACUCCAGUUAAACACAACGCUUUCAAAACUUUUGGGAUCGUGAAGGAUAAAAACAGUAAGUUGAAUAGGGAGCCGUGCUUUUUUAGGAGCAUGAUAGUGGUACAUAAAUUGCUCCCACCAGAUCUAAUGAACAUGUGGAAACUGGUCAACAAUGAUACCUUAGUUUGUUCACAGAAAUGGACAUCUUUUAGUCUUGGCGUGUAAAGGAGAUAUAAAUAAAUAUAUGAAUGAAACUUUGAGGUGACUCAAAUACAAAGUACUCAAUUUUUUGAGGAGAACUUUUAAAUGUUUCAAAUGAAGGAGUUUGGGAUUUGCAUAAUGUGAUCAGUGAAGAGAAAGAUGGGCAGAAAUGCAUGCACUUAAUGUUAAACGUAACUACAAACAGGACUGAAUGAACACAGGAAUCUACACCCAUUUCUUUAAUGAGACCAAAUGUGUGUGAAGGCUUAAAGGGUAAAUAUACUCCAGACAUUGAGCGAAACAAAAAAAGGUAAGAUCAUGCACCAGAAGUAUGUGAUGGUCCCAAAUUAAAGGGAAACAAAUAGCCUCUACCUCACCGGUUUUCAGUUUCAGUCUGCCCCAAUGUUACCUUAACAUGUGUUGUUUUUCUCAAGUCAGUUCAUAAAACAAAUCAUGGUAUUAGUCACAUGUGCAUUACACAGAUUAAUAAGAGAUUUCAUCAUAUAUAGAUGAAUGAUAAUAAUAAAGUCAUUUCCAUCUUAUUCUAAGUAUUUAUGAAGUGAACAAUCAUUUUCUCAUAGACUUGAUGCAUUUUGGUAGAGGGUUUAUUUUCAAACUGUGAAACAACAAACUGCUGGUACAUGUAUGUAAUGAUAAAUUAAUUUAUGAAAUUCCUCCUUGAAUUUGGAGGUGGAGCUGGACUUUGUGUAUUUAUUUGUAUGGUUGAAGGUUAUGCAAUGCUCGAUUGUUUGUAAUCUGGACUAAAAGGUGUGAUUGUGUAAAAAGUACUAGAAUGAACAAAUUGAGGUGAAAUGAAUUAGUAUUUGUAAAUAAACUGUUCUUUGAAAAUAAAAUAAAA